UUCAGGGUAUGGAGGAGGUUCAGGGUAUGGAGGGAGCUCUGGCAGAAGAGGCUCCAUCUCUAGAGGAGGAAGCUCAGGACAUGGAGGUUCCGGUUAUGGCAGUGGUGGAUCCAUCUGUGGAGGAGAAGGAGGUUCAGGAUAUGGAGGGAGUUCUGGAUAUGGAGGAGGGAGCUCAGGCAGGAGAGGCUCCAUCUCUGGAGGAGGGAGCUCAGGUCACACAGGAUCAAGUUCUGGUGGGGGCAUUGGUGGAGGUUCUGGAUACGGAGGGAGCUCUGGGUAUGGAGGGAGCUCAGGCAGGAGAGGUUCCACCUCUGGAGGAGGGAGCUCAGGCAGGAGAGGCUCCAUCUCUGGAGGAGGGAGCUCAGGUCACAUGGGAUCAAGUUCUGGUGGGGGCAUUGGUGGAGGAGAAGGAGGCUCAGGGUAUGGAGGAAGUUCUGGAUAUGGAGGAGGUUCUGGAUAUGGAGGGAGCUCUGGCAGGAGAGGCUCCAUCUCUGGAGGACGAGGAGGAGGAGGAAGCUCAGGACAUGGAGGGUCCAGUUAUGGCAGCGGUGGCUGCUUUGGUGGGGGAGAAGGAGGUUCAGGGUGUGGAGGGAGCUCUGGAUAUGGAGGGAGCUCUGGAUAUGGAGGGAGCUCUGGAUAUGGAGGGAGCUCUGGUAGAAGAGGUUCCACCUCUGGAGGAGGAGGAAUGAGC